GAGUCAGUUGGCCAAAAAUAUCUUAAAAUUCUACACUGGUGCACCACCAAUUGGAAAAACAACGCGACGGCGUCGACGCACGAGCGAGUAAAUUCGUUCCUCGAGACGACCCGGGUCGACUCGUACGCGAUUGGUCGGCCGGCCGGCCGGCCGGCCGGUCACAGAAAUUCAAUUCCUGCUAACUCCUUUCUCUCACUCGCCUCGUUUCUCCGGUCGGGGAGAACGCGGCAAGCGUGCGAGCGAGCGAGCGAGCGAACGAGCGAGCGAGCGAGAUGGACGUUGUUUCCCAGGGGAAGCCCGUUCCGGAUCGCGUCGCGACCGGCCGUUAGUUUGCCAACGGCGCUGCUCUUGCGCGCAUGAUCGUCGCGCGUCAUUGCUUUCAUCGCGAGCAACACAAACGUAACGUGAAAUAACGUAAAUAUCCGCGCGUGCCAUCCGUUGUCUUCCUUGUCGUCGCGGCGUCGUCCAGCGUCGUCGUGAAAGCAGACCGGCCGGAAGAACGCGUUGAGCGAAGCGCGCAGAAGAGAGGAGUCAGAAAGGCGGAGGAGCGGCUCGUGCGGCCACGCUGCUGUCCGCGCGAGUGGUGCGCGUUGAACGAUCGAUUCGGAACUUAGCAGCCAACAGAACGGAGCUGCCAUCACAGCGAUUACUCCACAUGUGGACAUCGCCGUCGCGACUCAGGAUCGGCCGGGCACCUAGAAAAAAGACACAGCCUUAAGCUGCACCAUCAGCUGCCGCGGCCGGUGAAGAAUGGAGAAUACCGAUGGAUCCAGAAGGAAGCUCUCCUUCCUCGGCUUCGGCAAGCGAGUAUCGAUUGACGGGCAUGCCGCGGAAAUGGGACCGGAGCUUGAUGAAGAGAUGGAGAAGGUCUUUGCGAUGGAUGCCGGAGAAAAAUUCGACGUAGCCCGGCUUGGAUCGCCCUCGGAGUCGGCUGGAUCUGAUCGAGAUCGUGAUCGUGGGCCACCUCCACGAUAUGGUGGCGAUCGCGAUUUCAAUCAAUAUCGUAAAAAGAGCUACCCGCAUCCACAUAUGCCCCUGAAGAGUCUGCACUCCAGAUCUAUGCGACGACACCUUUCACCUGAAGGAUCAACGGUAGAAGUGCCCACCGAGGAUGACCAUAGCAAUGUUCAGGCGAGGAGUAACGAAGUUCAGGAAGUCGACGGGAUGAACCAUAAUGGAUUGCGAUCAACUAUCACACCCGAAGCCGAGGCCGAGGUCGAUGAGGAAACGGUGGAAGAAACCGAAAAUGUAGGCAGCAACGAGAGCGAGGCACCAAUUUCUGAAAGAGCGGCCUCUGGUUUUAACGAGAGUCCGACUAUUGGCAGUCCGAGGGUGCAAUUUGAGAAGAUCAAGGAAGAGGACACGUCGGGCACGCAAACACCGGAAGUGCCGCCGGACACCACUCCGAGUAGCCUCGAGGAAGAUCGAAAUCGCCGAAGGCAUCAGAAGCAUGAGCAUAAACGUCACCAUCACAAAUCUCGCAAAUACUCUCUGCAGGAGGAUCCGCAAUGGCGGAAGCGAUCGGGAGCUGGUCUUCCAGACGGUUCGAGUUUACUGGCGCGGCGUGUGAGCGUCCAGCCGGAGGAGGCGAGCACCUUACAGGAGCUCGAUAUCGAUGAUCUGGAGUCGCAUCGCAGCGACGAUCCGCGUGGCAUGCGCCGACACAAGGCUGCUCACUUGACGGUGCAGAUCGGCCGGCGGAAGGAGGGCGGUAUCCCUCAUGACACCUUCAAGAAGAUGUACGAUCACUCGCCGCACGAGGUGUUUGUUCAGCUGGACGAGCUGCAUGGUCUAGGCGAAGAGCGCGAAUGGCGCGAGACUGCCAGGUGGAUUAAAUACGAGGAGGAUGUCGAGGAGGGUGCCGACCGCUGGGGCAGGCCUCACGUGGCUUCCCUCAGCUUCCACUCGCUGUUGAAUCUUCGCCGUUGCCUGGAAACCGGUGUAGUCCUUCUCGAUCUUGAGGAGAAGGAUCUGCCUGGACUGGCCUACAGAGUGGUCGAACAGAUGGUCAUCGAAGAGCUCAUUCUGGCCCAGGAUCGACCAGUUGUGAUGAGGGCGCUCCUCCUCAGGCAUAGGCACGUGCACGAUCACGAACGCGGUUUCCGAUUCGGCGGCAAGAGGAGCUAUUCUAGUUACACUAGCCUUCAGUCCAUCUGGCUGGAGGAAGAAGAUGCUGCGCGGGAAGCCGCUGAGAACCAUGUAACCCAACAUAAUUUGCACGAUGCGAAGCCGAAGAUUGUGUCAUCAAACCUGGCGCUCGACAGUAAUCACACCGUGGUCGAUAUUAAAGAGGAGCUAACAUAUAUGAGUAGUAAUGAGGAUUUGAAGAAGGGCCACAACGACCACAUCCUCAAGAGAAUUCCAGCCGGUGCCGAGGCGACAGUUGUACUUGUCGGUGCUGUCGACUUUCUGGAUCAGCCAACGAUCGCCUUCGUACGAUUGGCCGAAGGUGUAUUCAUGCCAUCUCUUACGGAGGUCACAAUACCGGUCAGAUUUAUGUUCACUCUGUUGGGACCGAGAAAUGCGGAUUUGGAUUAUCACGAGAUCGGCCGGUCAAUCUCCACUUUAAUGGCAAACACGUCGUUCCACAAAGUCGCUUACAAGGCCAACGAGAGACGAGAGCUGCUCUCGGCUAUCAAUGAGUUCCUAGACGAUUCGAUUGUACUGCCUCCCGGCGACUGGGAGAGACAGGCCCUGCUACCGUUCGAUGAACUUAAGGCGAAAAGUGAGGCCAUCAGGAAACGGAAGGCGAAGGCGCUCGAGGAGAAAAGCAAGCCGGAGCAAAGUGAAGCAGCUGUGAAGAAAGCUCUUCUUGCUGGUGAGGAGGAGAAGAAGCCACCGGAGGAUGACGAUCCGUUGCGACGUACCAAACGACCAUUUGGCGGCCUCAUCAAUGACAUUAAGCGUCGCUAUCCCUACUAUUUGUCUGAUUUCACAGAUGGUUUGAGCUCGUCCUGUCUUGCGGCGGCUAUUUUCAUGUAUUUUGCCGCGUUGUGCACCGCCAUCACCUUCGGCGGUCUUUUGAGCGAUAAGACGCAGAAUGUAAUAGGCAUUUCCGAAACUCUAGUCUCCGGCUCCUGGACGGGCGUAGUAAUGGCACUAUUCGCCACUCAACCGUUGGUGAUCAUCGGCACGACCGGUCCACUUUUGCUUUUCGACGAGAGCUUGUACAACUUUUGUUUGGCGAACGAGCUCGAGUUUCUUACGGUACGAGUGUACGUUGGCGCCUGGAUGGGUAUCAUUGCCUUGGCAAUCGCUUGCGUCGAGGGUUCGGUUCUCGUACGACUUUUUACGCGUUUCACCGAAGAGAUUUUCACUGGGUUGAUCUCUAUACUUUACAUUGUCGAAACAUUUAUCAAACUGUACAAUUAUUUUGUUCGCAAUCCUCUUCUUCACGAGUACAAUUUUGGUCCAGAUAUCAACGACACAACCUAUCCACUCUACGUCACUGAAAUGAAGGUCACCAGAUCGCCAUGGAACGGAACUGAAGAGAUUUGGCACUUAAAGGACGUUCGUGAACUGGUGUCGAGCUAUGACAUAGCUGGAUUGUUAAUCAAUCAGCCCAAUACCGCUUUAAUGUGUACUAUACUUUGUUUGGGUACCUUUCUGGGCGCCUAUUAUUUGAGGAUUUUCCGCAACAGUCACUAUCUGGGUCGUAGCGCUCGUAGAGCCUUCGGAGAUUUCGGCGUGCCUAUUAGCAUCAUCGUUUUUGUUCUGAUCGACUAUCUAUUUAUGGUAAAAACGGAAAAGCUGUUAGUUCCUGAAGGACUUUCUCCAACUAUACCCGGUAGAAAUUGGUUCGUGUCUCCCGCUGGAUUCGAAAAACCUAUACCGCUUUGGAUGGCUCUAGCUUGCGUGGUACCAGCCUUGCUGGUUUACAUUCUAGUAUUUAUGGAGACGCAAAUAUCGGAAUUGAUCAUUGAUAAAAAGGAGCGUAAGCUGCGAAAGGGCAACGGCUAUCACAUGGAUAUUGUGGUAGUCUGCCUGAUGAAUGUAGGAUGUGGUCUGAUGGGUGCGCCCUGGUGUUCUGCUGCGUCGGUGCGUUCCCUCACCCAUGUGUCCGCCGUGACUGUGAUGUCACGCACUCACGCACCCGGCGACAAACCGCACAUUGUCGAAGUGAAGGAGCAACGAGUGAGCGCUCUCUUGGUCGCGAUACUUAUAGGCGUGAGCGUGCUGAUGGCACCGCUGCUGCGACGGGUACCGAUGUCCGUCCUUCUUGGUGUGUUCCUCUACAUGGGCAUCUCGUCAACGAACGGCGUGCAACUGUUUGAUCGCGUUAAGCUCUUUUUCAUGCCAGUCAAGCACCAUGGCACGGCAAAUUACGUGCGCCGUGUGCAAACCUACAAGAUGCACAUCUUCACCUCCAUACAAAUCUUGUGCCUAGCCAUAUUGUGGAUAGUUAAAAGUACCAGAGCCGCCCUAGCCCUGCCCUUCUUCCUCAUCCUGAUGAUACCGCUACGCGCUCAGAUGAGCCACUUCUUUACCACUGCGGAGCUGCGUGCUCUUGAUAGUAAGGGACCUGAGCACGAGGAAGACGAAUUGGACUUUUAUGAGGAGGCUCCUCUACCUGGUUAGAUUGUGCCUUAAUCGACUCUUCGAUAUCACGGCGUAUCUCUUUCUUCGUCUCUCUCUCUUUUUCUAAAUUUGUCCACCGUGUAUCUUUCGAAGCUAUCUACUCAUAUACCUGUCUUACAUCAGGGUUUUCUUAUCUAACGCCGAUUCGCAAAUAUAGAGUUCUAUUUUCGUCAAAUAGAAAUAUAUAUAGGUAUACACACAUAUAAAACGUCCAUUGAUAAGGUCCAUUGAUAGGAAACUCACAAAUGGAUAGAAUAUCAUGUAAUUCAAAUUAUAGAGAUAUAAGACAUAUAAUAUAGAAAGGAUUAUCGUAACAGUCAUUAGACUGUUGGAUCUCGUUUGCACAAAUUUUUAAUUAUUUUGUGUUUUGCAGAGUUUUUAUUCUAUAAAAUUUUUUUAAUCUCUCGAGACGCAUGAAUAUUUAUUUUUAUUGUUAAUUGUUAAAACAUAUUGCAUCUGCUUAUAUAUUUCAGCUAUUUUUUUUAACUAAUAUAAAUAGUCUGACUGUAUAUUUAAAAAUGAUAGAACUAUUCGUAUUUGCCUAAUGAAUGAUGCGAUUUGCAUUCUUGAAAUUAAGUGAAAACCCGGUGCCUCUGAGUGCCUGAUGUUUACGCUUGAUGAUACAAUGUUGAGGAGAAGUUUAUAUAACGGCAAGAUAGUGCCAAACCGAAAUGUUACGAGGACAAUGCUUUUCUAACCAUGAUUUUCAAGAGAUAAUGUUUUCACAAAUCACUCCUUCCUUUCCUGUUUUAUGGAUGUGUACACUAAAAAAAGUUUUUGAUUUGACUAAAUUUUUUAUCUUAAUUAAAUUUUUUUAAUUCAAAUAUUUAUAUAUUAAACCGAAAUUCAAAUAUUUUACAUAUUUAAGUUAAAUAUAUACUUAGUAGACGGAAAUGAAUUUAAAUGGAUUGAAAAUUUGUAAUCCAUUUUAAUUCAUUUGAAUAUAUUUUGGAUUAAAUUACGAUUACAUUAUUUUAUUCCUACGACUAUGGUCCACUUGAUGCUUUGAAGCGUGUUUGAUCAACCAAUCAGAAUAAAGAGUUUUACAAAUUGACUAAUCAAAGAAUGGACCGCAGCCCAUGUCAUAGAUUAAAAUGGAUUGCGUGAUCAGCGAAAACUUUUUUAGAUUGGAAGAAUAGGAAUUACUUCAUUUCAAUCCCGUUUCAUGGAUUAAAAUGAAUUAUGUAGCCCGCGCGCAUAAUAUUUUUUAAAUUAAAAAAAUAAAAAUCCCGUAGUUUCAAUCUUCAUGGAUUAAAUGAAUUUAAAGAAUUUUAACCUUUGAUUGGAUUGAAAUAAAUUUGAACAAUUAAGAAUUUGAAUUUAAUAAUAACCAUACAAAUUCAUUUUUGUUUGCUGGGUAAAGAUCUGGGUUGAAGUUCAAGUAUUUAAGUUAAAUAGAUAAAUACUAAACUGAAGAAAUCAGUUGAUCAAUUUGAAAAAUUUAGUGAAGUUAAUAACUUUUUUCUCAGUGUAUAGCGCAUGUGUGUGUAUGUAUGUCUGUAUAUAUGAAAGAACAUACAUACAGUUGCCUUGAUCUUUCCAUUCUUCAAAGAUUUACAUGGUACAGUUUGUGAAUCUUUAUAUUCCACAUUUCUACACGAUAUCCAAAUUUCAAAAUUUUAUACUUUUUUCCCCUUUUUAUCCCUCACAAUGGUGCCUCUACAUCUUUAAAUGUAUUGAUACUAUGUUUGCGAAUACUUUUACAGAUUCUUGAUCUUAGAGAUUUCAGCCUUAAUUUUCGUCAAAACACAUUUAACAGAUUUGUAUUAAUCUUAAACAUUAAAGCCUUAAUAAUCUUUGCUUUUAUAAACUUUAUCAUUGCUACAUAUUAAAAAUUUAUCGAUUUUCAAGUCGUAUUUAUGUAUAUACAUAUCUUUAUAUCCACAAGUACUUACAAACUCACGCGUCUUAUUCUAUAAACUCAAAAGGAUACUUAAAAACACACAAUUUUGGUGUUUCCCUUAUGUGCACAGGUGCUUACUCGUGAUUGCGAGUACUUAAAAUAUAGAAUAGUUCUUACAUAUAUUUUUAUAUGUACAUCUACAUAAACAAAUCCCUUAUAUUUUCAAUAUCAUAAAUUUUCGGGCUGGACGGAUCUUCUAAACGGAUGUUCCAGUCUUGCAAGUUGACAAAAUCGUAAUUGUGGUAUUAUAUUCUUUCUACCGAUCUGUACGUCCUGCAGCUUCUAUUAGGUAGACAUCCUUGUAUUUUGCUCGUAAAAUACCAAUCCACAAUUCUAAUUCAUUCUUACGACUUAAACCCGAGAGAAGUGAUCCAAGACCAAGCAAUCGAUGAUCGCUAUAAUUAAAGUGCGCGGAAUUAUAGUAGGGAAUAAGGCUGGUGAAGAGAAAAAGAGAAGAGUUGUGUUUAACUAAAUAAACUAUUUUCGAACAAAUAGAAACUAUAUAGAGAAGAUAUAUUGUAUUUUUAUUCGUAUUAGAGUAUUUUACUAAACUUCCGUAAAGUCGCAAGUUUCCGCUUAUUACUACAAGUCGUCGAUUGUUAAUUAAUCUAUAAUAGAGAGAAGUCUAGAGAGAGUGAAAGCGAUACUUAACCAUUGUGAUAGCAAGCAGAAUCGCUCGAAAACAAAAUGGUAUAAUUAAGCACUUAAUGUUAGCGACAGGUUUACAAUACAAACUGUCUGAUUAGAUGUUCAAUUGAUCCAUAGAGAAUUAUCGCGAUGCGCACGUACAUACAUAUACAUCUCUAUACGUUCCUAUAUCGUUGAUAUUACAUCGUGAUAAAAGAUUAGCGAACCGAAGUGAAUUGUUACGGAGCGAUAUAGUACGAUUGUACAUACAUAAUCUAGUUAACGUACAGUAUUAAAAAACUAAUAAUUAGCAAUAGACUCUCAGUAGCUGAUUUAUGCCUUGAAUUAGCAACCGAAGAAAUAAAACAUAUUUUAAUUGUACUCUA